CCGGCCGGGCCCCUGCUGCUCCAGGCGGCGCCAUGGACGAGGCCGUGGGCGACCUGAAGCAGGCUCUGCCCUGCGUGGCCGAGGCGCCGACCGUCCACGUGGAGGUGCACCAGCGGAGCGGCAGCACUGCCAAAAAAGAAGAUAUAAAGCUGAGCGUUAGAAAGCUGCUCAACAGACAUAACAUUGUGUUUGGUGACUACACGUGGAUUGAGUUUGAUGAUCCUUUUCUGAGCAGAAACGUGCAGUCUGUGUCUAUUGUUGACACCGAGUUGAAGGUUAAAGACCCACAGGUAACUGACUCACGUUGCCAAGAAAUCGCUAAUCCCUAG